AUGACGACGCCGACCGUAGACCUCACCCCUCUGCCAUUGCGCACUUUCGAGAUGGUCAAAUGCUACACCAAUCGCAGAGCCUCAUCCAUCUGCACAGGGCGUCCCCGUGAUGAGAUGCUCGUUGAACCCGCUCGAAAGAAGCUGCAGCCACCGUCGCCAACAAAGAGUGCUUUCUUCCAGUUCGAGCGCUCGACGUCAGCUCACUCUCUUCACACCCCAUACCCACGAUCAUCACUCUUCAUGUUCUUACGAGUUAUGACCGUGGCAACACGAUCCGACAUUCCAUCAUGGGUCGCGAAAAAAAUGCAAAAGUCCCGGGACGAGUACGCUGAGGCGGUGAUCUUCGCCAAGGGCCUCGAGCUGGGAGCCUUCAGGCCCAUGCUUGAGGGGGAACCCCCCCCCCCCCCAAGCGACAGAGGGGAGGCCCCCAACUCGUAUGUGGCAGGCGACAUCAACGGUCACAACAUCAUACUUGCGUUUCUUCCGGGCACGCAGGGCACGAUUGCCGCUGCACGAGUAGCUUUGAAUUUGUCUCGCUCCUUUACGCAAAUACAGCUUCGACUCCUCGUCGGGGUGGGAGGAGGCGUCGCCGGAGAGAACGAAGCGACGCUUCAGCGGCGUGACAUGCGCCUGGGCGACGUUGUCGUCGCGAUGCCGGGCAACGGACAUCAUGGUCUUGUGCAGUACGACCUAGGCCGCGAUGUUGAUGACGGAUUCCAGCUCAAGGGAUUCCUGGCACCGUCUCCCGAAUUCCUGCUUAGCGCCAUCAUCGGAUUGCAGACCGACCGCGAGAUGCCAACCCGAUUAUCGGAGCACAUUCGCGCCGUGCUCGAUGGAGACGACGAAGACGGGAGAGAAUAUGACAGACUUCCCGCCUCGACCGACGUUCUUCUCCUACCAAAUGUACCGCAUUUCUCCCAUGGAUGUGAUUGCAGGAACCGCAUGUCACGGUAUGCGGUUCGACGUGGGCCCCGUGCCAAGCCAGACAUCCCAACGAUCCACUACAGGCCUAUCGCCUCGGGCAACAGUGUAAUUAUGAGCAACGGGAGCCGGCGGCGAAUUCUAGAUCAUCUCGAGGACCACGGAGAUGUACUUUGCUUCGAAAUGGAGGGGACAGGGCUCGCCACCGAGUCUUCGUGUCUCGUCAUACGCGGCAUCUCCGACUACGCAGACCCUCCCAAGCAAAAGGGCUGGCAGCGCUAUGCAGCUCUGGCAGCAGCCGCAUUUGCUAAAGAGCUGCUGCUUACUAUUCAGCCGUUCAAUGAUGACGAUCAUAGUGACGAGGGGGAGGCGACCUUCAGCGACACCGACGAUAGCGAGUCGAGAGACGAAUGGGCUCCUUCAAGAAGGUAA